GUAUUUACGUGUUAAUAUAAAUUUUCCUACAAAUAACACCAUACGAGUGCAUUGAUACAUCAAAGUGAUAGAUACUCUGCGCCUUUUCAUUCCAUACCAGUUGUAAUUUAGAAUUUGAGUAGAUAAGGUAUCUAGUAUAGUGGUUGUGUUUGUUGUUAAUAGUAUACAAGGUUUAUUCCCAAUUUGGUUUGAAAAGCACUUUUACUACCACAACGGCUUCAAUUCAAGACUUCCGAGAUUUGGACGGUCUGGAUCUUGCACCAUGUCCGUCCUGGCUCGUAGAUAUGGAGCCUGUGCAAUGUUAUGACGGGUUACCUCCAGAGUUUGAUGGUGUCUCCUCUGAUCUACGAUACAGUGCGAAACCUGCUGAAUUUCAAGACAGUUCCAGCUGUCAGAUAGAUCUUUCCGAACUCCUCAGCACUGAACAGUUAACAAGUGAGUCGCUGCCUUCUGGGAACAACUUGUCUAGUUUACUGGGUAUGCCUCAACAGCACAACGUCUAUGGAGUUGACGCAAGCCUCACUAAUUCCAUUGAUGAUCAGUUCCUCAAUCAACAACCUCUUGAAGUUGAAAGCAAUACACUGUCUAACUCUAAGCAUCUUUCUAUUAAAGAGGAAGCAUUGAAAAUAACUAUUCCUACAGUCGUUAAACUAAAAGAGGAGCGGGUAGACAACACUUCAAGCUGCCAUCGUAACCCCACAUCUGAGAGCAUCCCCUUUUCCGAAAAGCAUAAACUUGAUCAAGACCGUAAUACUAAUAAUAGUAAUAUUAACUUUUCUACUGAAUUUGGUACAUUAGCAGAAGACGUCGAGGUCAGAAGAGAAAAGUCGAGUAGUACUGGCAUAAAGUCGACAUCCAAGAACAAAGGCAAGAAAAAUAUCGAUAAAUGCAGUGAAGAGUACAAAAAACGUCGAGAACGGAACAACAUUGCAGUACGAAAGUCUCGAGAGAAAGCGAAACGCCGGACAAACUUGACCAACCAGAGAGUUAAUGAACUUUUAAGAGAAAACGAGGCUUUGUGGAGUCGUGUAGAUCUUUUAUCAAAGGAGUUGAAUGUUCUUAAGUCAUUGUUGAACAAUGUGGGAGUAAGUGUAGAUAACUUAGACCCAGAAUUAAAACGAAAACUAGGGAUUGAUGAACAUUUAUAACUAAUACCAACAGCAUUUGUUUUCUUCAUAUGUGAUGUUACCAAAUGUAAAUAACAAUGAUAUAUAACAUGAUUAUUAAACAAGCCUUAGGACCAUCUGGUAGUGAUCAUGAUAAUUGUGGUCCUGUUCAAUCGUGUCCAAAAUUACUACUGUUUAUUAUGUCUCAUACGUAUUGUCUGUAUACUGCUUCUGGUUUUCAAAGAAAUAUUUUAAAAAUCAAAGUUCUCUCCAAUUUUAUCUAUACAGUUGCUAGAAAUGUAUCAUAUAACUUUCAGCAGCAUUGUAAUAAAAUACAAUUUACAUUA